AAUACAAUUAUCGCAGCUGAAGAAGACUACGUAGAACAAUGCAAAUACAAACACUUCUCUCGCUGCGGAAAAGAAAAAAAGAACGAUUUUUUUUUGAAAAUCUAACGGCUGAGAUACGUUCAAUCUGUCUUACAUUAUGCUCAGACAAUGUCAACCAUUGAUCAUCAAAGCUAGCUCACUUCGUCUCGUAGAGGGAACGCCUUCCACGUAUAUAUACGUCUGUAUAUAUAUAUAUAUAGUUUUGUAAAGGCUGUUUUAAAUUUGAAGUACUUUGCCCGCGUCUCGAAAAUUGCAGGCUGUUUUUUCAAAUCGCUGAGCCUAACUUCACACUUCGAGUCUCUGUAAACUUUGGGCAGCUCAAGCAAAAUAAUUUGCAAACUUUUCUCCAUUCUUUGUUAAAUUCCUGCUAAAACAUUUUCUGUGCAUUUUGUUGGACUGUGAUAUUCGAAAUUAAGAUUGUAGAAAUUUUCCUUACAGCGGAAUGCAAUUCAUAUUCCAAAACAAACUGGCCUUGAGGGCCACGGCUCCAAUAUCCUUGGAACAUGCUUUGAAGAAAAUAGAUGUCAACCUAAUAAGUCCCUCGGAUUCAUUGUCGUGCACUUUCGUGGAAUCCUUAUGCUGGAAAAUUUGCAGGGAAAAUAAUUUUGUUUGCAUUAUGAAUCCUUUUGAUGGUUCAAAGCUCCAUUUUGUUUACCAGUCCCAGCACGGUUAAUUUCAAGGAAAACCAGGAAUCCUACCAGGCUUUCUCGAUUCUUUUUGAAGUUCUUGUUACGCCUGUCCUCUGGCGAAGCCACCACCGCGAAUCCAUGCUGUCAAAUUCACCCAAGCCUUUCACCUUAGGUCUCGUUGCAAUUACAAGUUUGCUACCUGCAGCUUGCUUUACCUCUGGGGGCUUAGUAGGGUUGAUUUCAAGGAAAAGUAUAUUUGCAGAAGUUUAGAAAUUCUGGAAAGCUCGAUUUGGACUUUGAGCUUGUCAUAAUUUAAGAUUGUUUUCCUAAUUUCCUUCAUAUUUUACCUGUUCUAUAAAUAAUCUGGCAAUUUUUAAAGAAAACUAAUAUCGGUAAAUAGGAGGCAUUAUUUUUUUUUUGCAGUGUUUCAGAUUAUAUUUCUUUGUCAAAGUUUUCCUGUAUAAACUGUAAAUAAUCUAUUGAGAAUUUUGUGCUGUUUAUCCAGAAAAGCUUCAGUAGCUUCUAAGAAGAUUAUUCAGAAAAGCUUUGACAUGAUGAAUAUCUAAGAAAAGAGUUGAUCCUAAUAUCAUUUGAUCAAAAUCUAGGAAAUCUUCAAAAUCGAUUAUUGUUUAUGUAGAAUGUUUGACAAACGUUGUAAUCAAGGAAUAUUCAUUACUAAAAUUAUCCUAAGUCCUACAAUUGUUUUGGAUUUUCAACUAUCCUGUGUACUGAUCUUUGCAGAAUGCACAGAGGAAAGCAGUUGAAAAAGCAUUGAUCGAAUUAAAAAGAUAUUUACAAGUUGAAAUUGAUGAAACGACAGACAUAGAUGUAGUUUCCAGUACCCUGAUGACCAAAGCUGUUGAAAGUGGUAUGGCAUCAGCAUUAUUGAAUCAAGGUUGGACCUCACUUGAAAAUGGUCUGAUCACGAAUGGUAAUAUUGCUUUCAUGGAAGAAGGAGCUCACCUGGAGGCAAUUUCUGUGAUGCAGGGAAUCAUUUUGCAGGCAGUAGAGCUUGAAGGAAAUGAUCAGAUGGUUUUUGCUAUAGCACCAGACAUCGUAUGCUUCCAUAGAAUUAGGAUCAGGGAUUUCUUGCCGAUGGAAAUGGAAGAAAGAUUUGAUAGUGGCUGUGAAGUCAACUUGGAAGAUUGGUUAUGGAACUUGUGGGAUGAUUCAGGCCUUGAAAAGAUAAAAUGUUUUGUGCUUCCUUCCUUGAUAGAAGGUUGUAUAAUGGGCUUGAGUAAAAUACCCCCACAAAACAAGGAUUUCCAAGAAUCGAAACAGUUUUGGCUACAUAAAAAUGGUUUGGAAUUUCCCAAAGAUUGUUUCUAUGUAAAUGUUCAAUUUACUACGUAUGAGGAGAAAUAUAAAACCUGGUUCCCUUCAAGUCUUGUGUUUAGAAGAUCUGGACUGAUGCCAGUGGCUCAUACAAUAAGAGCUUCAAAAGUGUUACAUGCUCUUGACAACUUUAAAACAUGUAUUGCAGAAUGGAACUUCUUUGAUGGAGGCACUCCAAAUUUUGAGAGCACAGGUCAAGUUAAUUCAUCCCUGGAAGUCAGUACAUGGGUCACAGCGAAAGAUAUACUUGGACCCCACUGUUCUAUUGAGAAUCACAAAGACCAAAAAUGCGCAUUGGGUGACUGCACAUUGAGUUCUUUGACAAUUGCCAUAUCAAGCCUUGAUUUUCGCAGAUCAAAACCAUUGUUAGCAACAAUUGAACCUAAAAAAGAAUAUGUUCAGGAUAUGUCUCAAAGAGAUGAGAAGCAAUUUUGUAUUUGUCCAACUCCGAGAACAAAAUCCAAGAAUGUUGUUAAAAUAGUACCACACUUCAUUAACCGUAGAAUUAACCAAGGAAAAGGCACAUCUUUAGUGAGAAGAAAAGGGCAAUCUGUUAACAAGAUUCAGGAUUCUGAUGGCCUGACCAAGGACAUUACUGCCAUAUCAAAUGAAGAAGUAGAACCGGACAAACUCUUCUCCCCAGCAAUAGCUACAGAAGGCAGACAGUCUAUUCUCAAAGCUCCAACUUUUGCAAGGAGAAAACCAUCUGCUGAAAUUCUACAAAAAACGGUUAAAGCUGAAAGCAAGAAUACCUCAUUUGGGAGAAAAAGUAAGGAUAAAAUAGGACAAAGUUUAACUGCUAGCACAAGUAUACCAAAUGUAAUAGGAGGAAGUGCAAAUGCUAUCACAAAGGGGGUUAAGGUUUCAAAGAAAAAGCUGGGUGAAACAGAUAUGAAAGCCAUCUCCAUCUGUCUAAAAGAAGUCCCGAGUAAAGUAACAGAAGAAAAUGCAUCUGGAAGCAAAAAGAUUCCCAAGAAGAAGGGAUCUCUGAAUUCAACUGGAGGACAUCAGGCAUUGGAUUCAACAAAGAAUUCUAAGGAGAAGGCAAAGGCUCCUAGACACAGAACUAAAAAUGGCCAGAAGCCACAGGCAAGCUGCGGGAGUUCAACUUUUGAAUUACAACACACUGAGACAGCUGGCAGCACUAACAUAAUGCAGAACAUCGUCACUGCUAGUUGUACUUUAGAUGAAAGCUUCAAUGGACAUAGUCUGGCCCUUGUAACAGAACAAGAAAGGAAAGAGUUAUCUGGCACAGAAGAUGAUUUUCGUAUGUCAGAACUAAAUGCUAGUAAGGAUGAACAUGAAUACCAGACUAAGAAGGCAAAACUAGGUGAAAGGGCAUUGGAUUCAACAAAAAAUCCUAUGGAGAAGACAAAGACUCCUGGACACAGACCUAAAAAUGGCCAGAAGCCACAGGCAAGCUGCGGGUGUUCAACUUUUGAAUUACAACACGCUGAGACAGCUGGCAACAUUAACAUAUUUCAGAACGUUGUCACUGCUGGUUAUACUUUGGAUGAAAGCUUCAGUGGACAUAGUCCGGGCCCUAUGACAGAACAAGAAAGCAAAGAGUUAUCUGGCACAAAAGAUGAUAUUCGUAUGUCAGAACUAAAUGCCAAUGAGGAUGAACCUGAAUACCAGACUAAGAAAGCAAAACCAGACCAGAAGGUGGAUUCUAUAAUUCAAGAUGAAAGUAGAAAAGCUGAUGUUAUCGAUAACACUACUUCUGGAGUUAUUCCUGAUGGGGAAAUUAAACCUAAGAAUAGCAAUAAGCGGAAUAGCUCUGCACUUGACCCUAUUGUUAUAGAUGAAAAGGUACGGAAUUGCCAUUCUACGGAUAAACUCAAGUCCUUGACUGUUCCAGAACUCAAAUGCUUCCUAAGUGCAAAGAAAGCAAAAGUAGGAGGCAAGAAAGAAGAACUUAUCCAACGUAUUGUAGUCUUACUGUCGAGUUGAAAUAUCAUCAUGUACAGUGUCUGUGUUCGCAUCAUAGCUUGUCUUUAUCUGUAGAUAUCCAAUGUCUUAUAUGUUAGCAAUUGCAAGGCACGGGAUGUUUGUUCCAUUCAAGUCAAAUUGGAUGCUGGAUGAUAUCAUCCAAUACGCGACUUGACACUUACAUGCAAAAUUUCCCUUUUUAUCUUCUCCUAUUGUUCUCACACUAACUGAAUAAAAUUUGGAAAGAAAUGAGUGCAAGAUUGCAUAGGAUUCUAAGGUGAUGGUUGCUUGUUCUAAUAGUUUUAAAAUAAAAACUUAAG